UGCCCGCCCUCAGAGCAGCCGGGGCCUUCUUACCUGCUCCCGAACACUGAGGAAUGUAUGCCUCCCGGUCCCAGUCCUGGCUCCAUGCCCACACAAACUGCAGAAGAAGGAGAAUCUCCCUGCCCCAGCCCUGACUCCAUGCCCAGGCAAACGGAGCAGCUAGACCCCUCCCCCUCCUCCACAGCAUGUGAGCCUGAGGAGGGUUUAUUACCAACAGCUGAUUGGUGUGACCCUCGCAUCAGAAGAUUGGAUAGGCGGAGGCAACAGAGGGAAGGGAGGGGCAGGCCUUAAUGAGUGCUGAGUCAUGGAGCCACACCCCAUGGCCUAUAUAAAGGAUCUACUUUCUGGCAGUCUCUGAGUCAGGCAAAAGUCGAACUUAUCUUGCUGAAGUCACUUACUGGUCUCCUGCCUGCUCUGAGGACUUUGCUAGGACUUUGGGCAGAGCUGCAGAGGCAAGCCUGAUUCGGAUUUCCCUGACCCAGCUAUCAGCGGAGGAGUGGGACACGACAGGCUGUUUGCUGCAAGGACACCAGACAGAUGAAUACUGUAUGGACGCUGGGAGGCAGAGGCAGAUUUUCCCCCCACCCCUUGUUUUCCUCCUCUAAAGCUAAUGUGCAUCUUACGGUCCGGGGCAUCUUAUAGUGCGAAAAGUACAAUUGAAUUCAGUGCUGAUCAGAUUGAAGAGUUCAAGGAAGCCUUCAUGCUCUUUGAUAGGACCCCAACUGGAGAAAUGAAAAUCACAUACAGUCAGUGUGGAGAUGUCAUGCGAGCCCUGGGACAGAACCCAACCAAUGCAGAGGUCUUGAAAGUGCUAGGGAAACCAAAAGCAGAAGAAAUGAACACGAAAAUGCUGGAUUUUGAGACCUUCCUCCCAAUGUUACAACACAUUGCCCGAUCCAAGGACCAAGGGACUUUUGAGGACUUUGUGGAAGGACUGCGUGUCUUUGACAAGGAAGGAAAUGGCACUGUCAUGGGAGCUGAACUGCGUCAUGUCCUUGCUACUUUAGGUGAGAAGAUGACAGAGAGUGAAGUUGAACAAUUGAUGGCUGGACAAGAAGAUGCCAAUGGCUGCAUCAAUUAUGAAGCUUUUGUUAAGCAUAUUAUGUCUGGCUGAAGUUAGAAUCUUUAAAAUUCUUCAGAUGAGUAAAAAAGUGAUUCGGCAGAAAUUUCCUCAUACUAUUUCCCCCUUAAAAUUCUGUAGGAGACGAAUCUACCACAAACCACAUUAAAGGGACCGCCCAUUAUAAUAACAAAACCACUGCAUUAAACACCUUUGCAUCAAUUUCAAAUUUUAUUUUUUUAAUAGUUUCUUCCUUCUUUUUUGUUGCAUCUGGUACAUUUAAAUUAAAAUGUGGAUGUUUGUGCAGGAUGCACAAAUUAUUAUUUGGUUUAAAAAAGGCCAAAAGGGGAUAAUAGUGUACAUAUGUGAUGGCCCAUAAUCUUUCUACUCCUGGUUAUUUUGACAUGGGAUAGUGGGAGUUAUAAUUAAUCAAAUAUGGAACACAUCAGAUUGUGGAUCGUUGCUAUAUCAAAAAAUAAAGAUUUAUUUCUAUCUUUCAAUCAACUGCAGAAUGUUCCAUUUUGGUAAUGGAU